AUUCACAACAGCUGAGGAACAGAAUACGCCGAGGGAAAAUGAAGGCCGUCAUUGUUUUCAUGCUCCUUUUCGCAGCGGUUUAUUGUCACCCUGUGAAACGUUCAGCCAGCAGCAGCUCAGAGAGCGCUGACGUGCAGCCCGUCGAUACUCAGGAUUUGAAAGUCUCUGCGGUUGCUGAUGUUAGCUCUGAAGAGGAUCCCGAUGACGAUGACGAUGACGAGGACGAAAGUGAUAGCGAUGAGUCCGAUGAGAACGGGCCCACCAGUUCUCCUCCUUUCUUUGAGACCACGAUAAUCCCCAUUGUUGAUGGCCGUGGAGACAGCAUGGGCUACCAGAGUGACUACAAGAAGAAUGUCUAUUAUGUAGAUGGCAACAACAUUGAGAAAGGACCUUCUUCUUAUAAAUCAUAUGGAUCUGACAAGACCCAGUACGAUGGUGAGGAGCUGAAAGUGUACAAGGCUCUGCAGGUGCAGAAUGUUGGGCUGGACCAGGGAAUGGACGCCUCAAGUGGCACAGAUAGUGAAGACAUGAGCCAGCAAGAGCAGAAGGCAGCUUCGACUGGCAGUCCCAGUGAGGAGAGUGACGAGGACAGCCAGAGCAGCGAGGAGAACACAACCGAGGCCACCACGACUGAAAGCAACUCGUCUGAGAGCAGCGAGGAGACCAACGCCAGCCAGCAGCCUGCGCUGCUCAAGAGCGGAAACCCUGAAGUCAUCAUCGCUUAAAUACACCCAUCCCAAACCUGCUGGUGACAAGUGACUCACUUCACUUCAUGUGAUAAGUAGCAGAACGCAAUAAUUACAGCUCAGACAAACCCGGUCUAGUACCGAGACUGCAUUUUGUUAACUGUUAAAAAGCCGUUUUCUUUUCAACAAAACUACAUUUGCACAAUCAUUUAUGAUAAGUUUAUGUAAUAUAUUUUAUUCUCCAUUGUAUCAUGAAUUAUCCUUUAUGAAUAAAGUCAUUUUUUUUCUUUUU